AGACAAGAGGGGAGUGACUUUCUACCAAAUUUCUGUUCCUUGUUUUGGACGGUGUAGACCCAGAGGACACUGCCACCACGGACUCUCUCUCUCUCCCGGUCUCUCCUCACUGUUUUGGCAUGUAUUUGAAGUUUUUAGCUUCUGAUUGUGAUUUGGAAAGCUCUGACUUGAUGUAAAAUCUGGUGGGUGUUGAUCAAUUUUACCUAAUUUCUGUGUUAGAGCCAAAAUUUAAGAAUGAUGGGAUUUGGGACUUAUGGAUAUGGAGGACCCUAUUUGUCAUCAUCAUCAUCUUCGAGUUUAUCAGCUCUGGCACCACCUUUUACGGUUGAGCGGCCUGUUCCUAAGCCCACUUCGAGCCCACUGGUGGAGACCUUUACACCACUUGUGGAGGUGACUGAGCCACCUUAUACCGCCCCAAUGAAUUCUUCUUUGCACAACUGGCUCCCCCCUCACUCUCCCAGUUCAGGGUCCAAUUUCUUCGCCAACCCCACCCCAUCAUUUGAUUCAGUGCCUUCAUCCAAUGCCUAUAGAUAUGCAGGCUUGCCGGCUGUUGACUCAUUCAGUACAAAUCUGCCUCCGAUGAACACUGUUACUACACCUUCGUCCAAUGCAUUUACUUAUGAUCAAGGCUUGGAUGUGGCGGCAACUAGCUUUGUGGAAGCGAAACCGUAUUAUCCCUCUUAUUUAUCGCCCACAAUUCAUGGUGAUAGUCCUAUGGUGGCUCCUGAUCAACCUAGUUAUGAUUGGCUAUCUACUUCUCAAUUUGCUCCCUUGGAUGGGUCGUCUCACAAAGAGUACACUCAACGGCCCUCUUCUUCAAAGUAUACAGCUCAGUGGGGUGGCUCAUGGAAUGGACCAGCAGAGUGGGAACAGGGUAAACAGGGACAAUUUGAUGGAAGUUUCGGCCCAAAGGAGACUGAUGUAUCUACUUUUCCAUAUAAGAAUUACCUGAACCAAGAACCUCAUUCCUCCAAUAGCUUGAAAUCAUACGGUGUAAAUGAAGUAGCAUCCUGCAAUAUCCCAGAUUGGGAUGGAUCUGUAAAUGCAGAGCAUUUAGGUGAUAAAUCCUUUGUGGGGAUAAAGUCCAAAUUCAGCCCCAUUGACUUUACAAAACCAACUAUCGGAUCCCUUUCAGGGGUUCCAGAAACCCCUUCUAAGGCACCAUCUUCACCUUUUGUUACGAAGUCCACAUUUGGUGUCUCUACAAAACCAACUAUCGGAUCCCUUUCAGGGGUUCCAGAAACCCCUUCUAAGGCACCAUCUUCACCUUUUGUUACAAAGUCCACAUUUGGUGUCUCAUGUGAGAAAAGACAGCAUGAUGCUAGUUGGAAUGAUAUCACACCUAUUUCGAAGUCUUCCCCUGCCUUUAUCAUCAGACCACCGGCUAUAGGCACUAAAUCUUCAGAACCAGAGAUAGGUCUAUUCAAAAGAUCGAAUUCCGGAAGAGAUGCAGCCAAUGCAGAUCAUGGUGGUUAUAUUCCCUCACUGGAGUCUCAUCUCCCACGAAGAUUUGAAGACAAAGUUCCUUUUGAUUCAAGCCAACUCGCCAUUCACCUAGGAAGGAAUGAUCCCUUCUCUGUGGAAUCUUCAUCGACAAAAGACAAAGAGCUGUCGAAUAAUGGAAGUAUCAACAAUGAUGCCUUGGACCAUUUGUUUAAAGUAAAACCUGGACUUCCAAAUUCUCAUGUUAAUCCUGAUGGUUUUGAUGCGGCACUUAAUAUCAAUGAUUCCAUCAAUUCUUUUCUGAAUUCCUCUGAGAAUGUGGAUCCCAACAAUCCAGCUGUGGACUCACCUUGUUGGAAGGGAGUUCCUGGUAGUCGUUUUUCUCCAUUUAAAGCAUCUGAAGAGGGAGGUCGAGAACAGAUAAAGAAACUAGAGGGUUGCAAUGGCUUGAAUCUUAAGAUGCCAAUGAUCUUGUCACUAAACAUGGGUGAAAAUAUCUCCACCCAAAAGCCGGGUGAGUACCAUGAAUUUGGAUGGCUGGGGAAUGAUUUGCUCGGAAAUGGUUUGCCACUUCAUUUGAAGAAAUCUUCGGUGGCAAAUUCUGCUUUUGGAGAACAUAAAUUAGAUGAUACCAUGAAGACUACCUGUUACCCUGAAUCAAGCCAUGAUAGAGGGCUUCAAGGUUACAUUAAUACCCCUAAUUUGGGGAGUGGAGACAAGUCCUCAAGUCUCUUUGAGCAUUCUCACACUGUGCAACAAGGUCGCGGAGAAGGCGGAUUAACAACUGAAGCAAAGAACACAAAAUGGAGUGUUGGUGCAGAUGUUGAAUUGAAUGUCAAUGACACCUUGGAAUGUGGUUCAUCUCAUACCUCUCCUGCCGUCGAAAAUAUAUUUUGUUCUCCUUCUGUAGAGGAUGCUGCUACAAAGCUCACCAAAUCAAAUGGGGAAGAAUCAAAUAUGAAUAUGGAUGUCCAGAUGCUGGUUAAUACAAUGAAUAGCUUGUCAGAAUUGCUGCUUGUUAAUUGUUCCAACAGUUCACGUCAGUUGAAGAAAAAAGAUCUGGACUCCCUAAAAGCUGUAAUCAGUAACUUGAAUAGCUGCAUAUCGAAGCAUGAUGAAAACUUGUUGUCAACGCAAGAAUCACCCUCUUUCCAGCAAAGUACUCUCAAGUAUAUUGAAGAGCAAGAAUCACCCCCUCUCCAGCAAAGUACUCUAACGUAUAUUGAAGAGUUAUGCAAGCCAAAUAAGGUUUUGAGUCCAGACAGGCCACAGUUGACCAAAAUAUUUGCUCCUAGCAUUCAGGAUCCACUUCAUCUUGAGGGUGUUCAGAAAGUAAAGAAGUAUGAUAGUUUUGUUAAGAAUGAUAAUGAAGUUAUAGGUUCUGUUUCUGCAAAAAGUGACAUUGACUUGCUGAAACAAGAUAAGAUGACUCAGGCUGUAAAGAAGAUUCUCAGUGAGAAUUUCCAUACUGAGGAUACACACCCUCAGACUCUCUUGUACAAGAAUCUAUGGCUUGAAGCUGAAGCUGUAAUAUGUUCCACCAGUUACAAGGCUCGUUUUAAUCGUCUGAAAAAUGAAAUGGAGAAGUGCAAGGCUGACCAAUCUAAAGAUGUGUUUGAACACACUGCUGAUAUGAUGACGCAAUCAAGGUCUGAGGUUUACCCUAAUUCAAGCCCGGUUGAGAAGUUGACACCUGAAGUUCAGGGUUGUCCAAAGUUUACACUCCAGGAGUCUCCUACUCUAAACCGAGAAGAUGAAGAUGUUAUGGCAAGAUUUCAUAUCUUAAGGAACCGCAUUGAGGACUCACAUUCCACAAAUGCUACCAAUGGGGAUGAAUCCAGCUCAAGUCUUUCUCCUGUUCCCAACAAGGUCGACGAGGUUGCACCUGAUGCAGAUGCUAGGCUGUCACCUAGGAUCUCCAUCCAGGACUCUCCCACAUCAAGCAUAAUUGGCUGGACAAAUGAUUAUGAGGCUUCUGUUAUGGCCAGAUUUCAUAUUUUAAGAGACCGGGUCGAGAACUCAAAAUUCAUUAGUGAUGCCAAUGUGGAGGAUACAGUGAGCUCCAAGGUCUCUCAUGAACACAAGGCUGAGGAAGUUGCACCUGUAACAAGUGAUGAUGGCUCAAUUCAGGAGUUUAGCAUUCAGGAUUACCUUGUUUCGAGCACAACCGGCCAUGCAAAUCAGUAUGAUGAUGGCUCAAUUCAGGAGUUAAAUAUUCAGGAUUUCCUUGAUUCGACCACAACAGGCCAUGCAUUUCGGUAUGAGGAUUCCGUUUUGGCCAGAUUUAAUAUCCUUAAAUCUCGGGUUGACAACUGUAGUGACAUGCCUACAGUAGAGCAACCUCUGGAAAAUGUCGAUCUUGGAUAUGCUGGUAAGAGAAACCUUAGGCCUAUUAUUUGCAACAGAUCAGAGGAUGGAAGUUCAGAUGUAAAAGAGCAACCUGUUUUGCAGAGUCACAUAGCUGACAAUGACGAAGGCAAGUUUGUGACUGCAAAGGAGUUCCGUCUGUUCGUUGAGGAUGAUCCCAGCCACAGCAUCAACAGGCCUGCGAAUCAGCUCCCUGGCGGUUGUCCUGAUCGGAACUCUUCAUCAGAUUGGGAGCAUGUCAUGAAGGAGGAGGUUUGGGGACACAACUGUUGAACCUGAUUGCGUAUGUACUAUGUUUUACGUUGUUUUGUUGGUUACUUGAAUGAUUAUAUAAUGACUCUAAACUUGUAAGUCCAAAUUUGUAAGAGGAUAAAUCACCUCCUUCGACUACGAAGGGUGUAAAAAUGACUCCUGGAAUGAUAUGUACAAAGUUGAACUUACGUAGAUGUUAUGAACAUAUGUUCUAUAA